CUGCAGAGGAGGAGGGGGGAGGAGUAAAGGGAGCUUUGUUUCCCUCGCAGCCCGGGUGGGGAGGAGGCCAUCGCCGCAGCAGAUCGUGCGUUUACCUAGCUGCGUGAUUGCAAAACAGACGCCGGCGGCUCGGCACGUUGUCAGUCGCCCUUCUGACAGGAUUUUCGUUGUCGUCAGACUCCGGGGGUUUGGGACCUGGGACCCCCCGGCCGGGCCAUGAAGAGCUCGGGUCCCCCGGAGCCGUGACGCGUGUUCCGCCACCGCCGCCCCUCUCCGCCGGCCCCGGAGCCCCCUGUAUGGCGGACAUGGCCCCGGCGCUGACCGAAGCAGCCACCGAAGCUCACCAGAGGCUUAAACUGACCGCCUCAUCAUCUGCUUCUUCUCCCUCAGCAACCCGCGCCAAGGACGGCGAACCCAGCGAGCACGACACGCUACUGCCCGUGUGGAAACCACCGCUGUCCCCCCCCGCGGCUCUGCCGGAGGUGAACGGGGCGGGCAGGGUCGGGGUGCGGCCGGGGGCAGCCAGGAGGAGGCCUCAGAACUCCGGGGCUUCUUUACUUCUGCUGAGGCGGAGCGGACACGCACCAUCCGAGGGGAUUAACGGGGGAUCCCGGGAGCUGAUCGGAGAAAGUCGGUGUCCGGGGCAGGUGAAGGAAGCCCAGCUGGUUCGUGACAAGAUUGCCCGGGCCAUGGAGGCCCCAGUGCCGCAGGAGCAGCCGAGCAAGGCACUAGAGCACGCGGAGGAGGGCGGGAAUACGGGGGAAAUGCUGGAGCAGAGCCCGCUGCCCGGCGAGCACAGGACGGACAGCGCUACCCUGUGCCCUAUGAGGGCGGCGCGCAUAGCCAGCCGGCAGCAGGAGCUGGGACUGCGGGCUCGGAGGCUCUGCCGGAGACUACAGGUGAUUCAGGCUAAGCAAGUGGAGCGACACGUCCGACAACAGCUGUCCGGUCUUGUGGAGCUACUGUCCGAGCGGGGGGCGGCUGGACUGCCCGGGUCCCCCCAGGAGGAGUUGAACAAAUUUGCCGGUAGCUCCACGGCCAGGCUGCGGGCUGCCCAGAGCGGCUUUGAUUCUGACGCUACGGAGAGUAGCUCUGGGGGAGAGAGCGAGGAGGAGGAGGCCGCGGAUCACGAGGCCCAACCAAGUGGGGAGGAGCAGCGCCCAGCCCUGGGGGUUAGUGAGCGUUCAGACUGGAGGUGGGCAGUUGAAAGGGCAGCCAUCAUCUGCCGCUGGACCUGGUUACAAGCUCAGGUGUCUGACCUAGAAUUUCGCAUAAGGCAGCAGACCGAAAUCUAUAAGCAAAUCCGUUGCACCAAGUGUUCCCGCCUUACACAGUCUGCCGAGAAUGUUGUGUGUCAAAAUCCAUCCACAGCACCAGUGUCUGACUCCCCAGGAUCCCAAAAACCAUCUCGUCAAGUUAAUGGACUCAUAAAUUGUGUUCGCACCAGUCUGUCUUGCAACGGCUCUACAGAAGACCUGGAUCCAGAGGAGGUGCUUGGUAAAAAGAGACGUUUGGACGGCCUUUCCACAACACCUGCUCCAUCAGACACCAGCUGCGUAGCUGCCAGAACCCGGCCCCUUCGUGGACACAAGAAACGGAGGCUGGUUAGGUCAAAUGCAGUGUCCUCCCUUAGUAGGAAGCCGCAGAAGCCACUGUCGAUGAAGUGUAGCUGUGAGCCCCCCACGACAUGUAUCCUGUGUGGCUGCAAAACCUUUGUGAAAACCGUGCACCCCAGUACCAUGAAUCUAAAUGAGCGUAUAGCACUAUUGGACCCGGGCUACCACCCUAUUCUUUCCUUCCCCCAUGACACCACCCUUAAUUUGCACUUUGAAGCUUUGCUAAAAGAGGACAGACAGUUCCGACUCACUUACAAGCUCAAGACUCUGAAGUUUUCCCAGCUCAGCAAGAAACCGCUGGACAAAAUGAGGAGAGAGUGCCAGAGUGUGACGUCUGACUUCACAGGCAGUUAUACACAUGGUAGAAGUGACCAAGAAAAGCUUUGUCAGUAUCGCUUGGACAGUUGGCAGAAAAAUGUUAGAUUGGUAUCAGAUUCUACGCCAGAAAGAAUGAGGCCACAGCCCCGAAGAACGCCCCAGACGUCACCACACCCUGUGGGGUCUCCGUUCAAAGAAGAAAGGCAAUAUAAAGGCUUGCCGAAUUCCAGCGUCCAUAUGUCCACCCCUGUUGCUUCAAGACAGAGCUCUGCACUGCACCAGCUGUCAUCUCUCACUGAAACUCCUCCUACCCCAUCAUCUAGCCAGCAAUCCAGUGCUUCUGCGGCACUAAAAAGGAAAAGGUUGGAAAAUUCCUAUGACAUCAAUAAUAUUGUCAUUCCAAUGUCCAUGGCAGCAGCAUCCCGGGUGGAAAAGUUGCAGUAUAAGGAGAUCUUGACUCCAAGCUGGCGUGUGGUGGAUCCUAAAGAAAGAGAACCUUUGUUUGGGAGCGACCCAGAGUUGGAAGACCUCUCAGAUGAAGCAUAUCUAAUUCGUCAUAAUGCAUAUGAAGAUAUGGAACGUUCUCGCUGGGAUUCUUGGUCAUCAGCUAUUCCUCAGAGGCGUGGAAGCAGAUCCUCCAACAAGUCAGACGGUCGCUGGACCCCACAGCCUAGUUCAAACAGUCAGGGAUCACUACAGCCAGCUUCUCCAGAGAUUGGAUUUCACAGCCUUAACGAUGUCCCACUAUCCCUGUCAUCUGCUGCACCUGACAGCCCGGAGCCUUACAGCACUGUCCAGUGCCUCUCUGUAAGGAGUAGGACGAGAGUGCUCUCCUGGAGUGAAGACACCAGAUCCUCCACACCUGAAGCCCCAGAGGAAGAAGAACAGACCGUUCUACCAUGGGAGCCUCGCACGUUUCCCCUCUCUGACAGAGACCAUAGAGCUCUCCAGAAUCUGCCAAUAACAACGCCCAUCCGAAGCAGAAACAAGCAACCCUCAGAAGUAAUGUGGCACCCAGCAAAUAAAUCUAACAUACGGACUGAGAGCAUAGACUUUGGCAUGUCAACAGAAAACCUCGCCCCCACCUCCAAAGAUUCCCCUCUACCCAAUAGCAUUUCAGUGGUUCGUUUUCGUGCUCACAGCGGUGAAAAAAUUGCAAGCCUGGAGUAUUUCCCUGCAAGACCAGUCAACAAGAGAUGAAACCUCAUUCUUUCACUAGAUGUGUAUGACACCGAGACAACAAAACCCAUAUACUUUAUUUCAGCAUCAAGCGCUUAGCUGACUUGCAGGCCCAAGUGGAGCAUUAGGGUGCACCAUAUGUGAGGGGAUCCUGGGCUCAGCAGCACGCUGGAGAGGAAGGCCUGUGAAGGGUACAGCACAGAGCAGAGGUGAUGUGCUGAUCCUCACACUCCGCACUGGCCAUGGGAAGGUCACUAGAUGUGGAUGACACAUUUAUUACCAUUGGCUUCCUGAGGAGUGUAAAGGCAGAGUAGAUACAUGGGGCAGGCACAUGAAGCCAGAAGAGAGUCGAGAGAUUUGGAAAAUUUAAAGCUAUAGAGAUUUCUAAAAAAUAAAGAAAAAAAUAAAGAAAAAAAAAUUUGAGUCAGAAAAAGGGCAAAAAAAAUUUAAAAGAAAAAAAAAUCAGGUUUAACCCCUUAACUGCCAGAGGUGCCUGCACAUUGUGCUGCAUGCUUUUCUGGCAGUGACAGAGGCUUCAAUACACUGUCCAGGCUUCUGUUUGAAGAGAGCUCUUAGCUUCUAUACUACUGUUCAUCACUGUGUUGCAGAAAGAGAAGCAGAUUUCCCAGUAUAUGUAAUGUAAUAAUCCACAAAGCUUCUGCUUGCCGUCACUCUCGCCACGAUGAAUGCCCAAGGUUUGCAUAGAAUGGUGAAGUCUCUUCGUGCAAACACUUUGUGGUGUGAGACGACGAAAAGUUGCGGAUUUCCUUCCCUUUUCCCUGUCCCCUGAAAGAAUUUCUGUAAUUAUUUAAUGAAUGGGAAGAAGUGACUCCUGUCUGAGAAUAGCCUGGUGUAUAUGGAUUUAUGACAUUAGAUUAAAGAAAUAAAUUCAGAAUCCUGUUAGACAAUCUUGUGGACAUUGAUUCAUUUUUUUUGUUGCAUUUUGUUUACAAUGAAGCAUGUUACAUUUGUUCAUUGUUUUGGAGAAUGAUACAGGAGUACACUUUGUUCAUUAAUAUAUUUUGUUUCUCUAACACAUUUUGUUUCACAAUAAUGUCUCAAAUUUCUAGAGCGAUUUUCUAAGGAAAAGAAAAGUACUUAAACCUGUUAAAUUUCUGCUAGUUUUUCUUUAUUUCAUACAGAUGUUUUAGAAGCCUUUAUCACUAUAUUAUGCAAUUACCUGUCAAAUCCACCUUUUAACAAAUACACACACACACAAAUUAAGCUUGCCUUUUGUAUGUCUACAGUGUUCUUGUUUUCCACAAUACAUCGUUAUAUCAAACUAGGGAGUAUGUUGCUGACUUGGGUUUUUUAUUAUCUUCUCUUAAAUGGAUACAAAGGUCAAAAUUGAAAUGUGCAUGUGUGCGUUUUAAUUUGAAAUAUAAGCCGUUUUGCAUUUUACUUCUAUUAGCAAAAAUGCUUCUGAUAAGUUAUUUUUCUGCGGCAUAAGCACAUAUGCUGUGAGGGCCUGUGAACCAGUAUUCAAACACCAUGUCUGCUCAGAAAGCUGGUGGUGGUGUGUAUUGCUUCUGAAGGCGUAAUUUAUGGCAUAUAUGUUACUACUGACUUUGAGAAGUUGUGGUGUUUUAAUACUGGUUCCCAGGCUUUCACAGGAUAUGUGUAUGCUGCAGAAAACGGUAAUAACUUUUAUUAAAAGCAUUUUUUCUAAUGGAAUUAUAUUUCAAAAAUGCUUCUAUUUCAUAUUGAAAUGCCCCUAUGCACGUUUCAUUUUUGACCUUUCUGUACCUUUAAGUACGCAUAGAGGGCCUGCUCAGUUUUGGAUAUGUUUAAAUUAUUUUUUUUAAAUGUAGGGCUUAAAGCUAUAUAGAUACUUUGUUUAAAGUGAUUAUAAAGUAGAAUGAAUUGAAGCCCAGUAUUAAAAAAUACUUUUAAAAAAGGGGCACUUAAUUCAUUAAAUUUUACAAACACGCUUUUUUCUAAUUACUUACCUUUUUUGUUAUGGUAAACAGACCGCCGAUCCUCCGCCUGCUUCUCCUUCUGUAUUUUGCGGAUCGAUGACUAAUCCGGCUCCCUCCAAUCAUUUCAUGCCCCCAUUGGAGUCCAGCUCGUGGGGCACGCAACGAUUAGAGGAAGCCGGAUUCGUCAUCAAUAUGCUAAAUACAGAAGGAGAACGUGGGUGGAGAAUUGGUGGUCCCUUUACAAGAAAAAAAUGCAUGUUUUUAAAGUUUAAUGAAUUAAAGUGCUGUUUUUAAGAGUAUUUUUUUUAAUACUGGGCUUUAAUUCAUUAUACUUUACAAUCACUUUAACAAGAUAAGACUGUAUUUCACCAAGGCCUGAAUUAUGCUUCUAGGGUAAUAUAUCCAAGGAUUGUGUACAGCCAAUUGUGCAAAUGAGCAUUUUAUUUACAUCAGAAUGUAAUAAUAAAAAACUGAGUUUCUCCAAUGAAGUAAUACGCGGGUAUUUAUAGUUCCAUGCCAAAAAAGCUGCAGUUUAUUGAAAUUAACAAUGUAGAGAUGCCUGUUUUAUAAUGUAAAUAAAGAAUGUUUGCCUAAAAAUUAAA